AUGUCAGAUGUCACUGACUCUUCUUCUUCUACUCCUAUUGUGACGAUAUGGGCUUCGAUUAUCAAACUCCAUGCUACUACACAAGGCAAAUUGGGUUACUUGACUGGCGACACUGAUGCCCCUGAUUCCAAAGACCUGAAAUUUGGGAAGUGGAAAAUUGAUGAUGCUGUUGUGAAAAGUUGGAUGCUGCGAACUAUGGAACCCAGUUUGUUGAAUAUGUUUCAUACUCUACCUACUGCUAAGGAAAUUUGGGAUGAUGUUAAUCAGAUGUUUUAUGAUGGCUCGACAUAUCCCGGCUCUAUGAACUACGGUGCCAAACUACCCGUCUUAAGCAAGAUGGUUGUCCUGUCUCUACCUAUUUUGUUGAACUUAAGGCGAUCUGGCUUGAAUUGGACAAGAGACGUCCUUUUCAGAUGA